AUGUGUAGGAGAAGAGAGAAGGGAUUUUUGGGUGAAGAGUUGCUAGAAACGCAAGCAAUACAAGCGGGUGCACUGCUUGGUGCGUGGACAGAAAAGUGUGAUGGUGGUGGCCGCGUCUCCUACGUGGUUUGGGAAACGGGUGUUGGUGUUGGUUGGUGGGAUGUCCUGGAAGAACUUUGCAUGAGGGAGCUUUUGUUGUGGGAUCUACGUAGUGUGAGAGGGCAAGGGAUAAUGCAUCAAGGAUCACACGGAUUUGGAGGAUAUAGUGGGGCUUGACUGUCCUCAUAGCUGCGCCACUGUGGUGCUACUAUCAGCUACUAUCAAUGAGAGUUUCGCUGUUCUGUACUGGACCCGGCAUUGAGGAAGGUUGACCCUGGGUAAGAUGCUAAGGUGCUGAGGCAGAUAUUUCCUAAUUUGCGGAAGAUGGAGUGAGGUUGGUGAAUAUAUUGAUUUUGUUUCUACUGAUGGUUUAAAUUUCCAGGUUCCCCCUUCACGAGAGUGUGAUAGUUGCUUUCCUAGGAAUGUGAGGAGUUCAACGACUUUCCUAGACCGACUUGGGGGCGCGGGGAUGCUCGCUAUUGGUUAUUUGCGAUUUCUCGUCAUUUCUGCUGUGUGAUCUAGAGGUCUCAUGCCAUGACCUAGCGGUUCAAUAGAGGUUGCACUCUUGGACAAUUGAUUUAUCAAUGAGAGCAGCACUUUUCCACAGGCGCGGUGCUCGUCCCUCCACGGAAAUAGGAACUAUUAACCCCUCUACUAUAUCGGUGUUUGCGCUUUAGUGCAAGACGUCGGUCUCAGAAUUGCCGGUUGUGAGGAAGCAGCUGACAUAAGCGCUGAAAGCUGCGCCACACGAAAAUUUCACAUAAUAUGCCAGCAUUAGAUAUCUGCGGUGUAUCUAGAUUUCCAGAGCCCCAGACCCCAAGACGGGUGGAAUAACGCCUGUUUCGGCAAUUUCGUGUCGCCUUGAAGAUACAUUAUUACACCUUUUCCCCUUUAAAGCGUCACUCUAAAUCUCGCCCGGCCUCAAUGCAUCAAAGGUGUAUCUCCCUACGCUCUUUUCCUUUUCUUUUAGCUCAGGCACCGGAAAUGCGGCCAGCCGCCCUCAUCUCUAGGGUGCCAAACACCCGUGUGAC